GGCCCACGUGACCGGAGGCCCACUCCAACAUGGCGGCCUCCAUAGGUCGCUGGCUUCUGUUUUUCCUUGUGUUGCUCAGCUUCUUCUGGGAGGCGUCCGGCAGCUUCGGUUGGGGGGCCUCCCUAGACGACGACCUGCUGCUGCCCUACUCCCGCCUGCGCGCGCGCCCCGCCCGGGACUGCGCACGGGUGCGCGUCGGCAGGCGCGAGCACGAGAGCUGGCCGCCUUCCCCCGCCACCCCCGGCGCUAGCGGCCCGGCGGUGCGCACCUUCGUCUCGCACUUCGCGGGCCGCGCGGUGGCGGGCCACCUGACACGCGCCGCCGAGCCCCUGCGCACCUUCUCCGUGUUGGAGCCCGGCGGGCCGGGUGGCUGCGCAUCGAGGCGCCGCGCCACGGUGGAGGAGACGGCGCGGCCGGCCGGUUGCAGCGUCGCCCAGAACGGCGGCUUCUUCCGCAUGGCCACCGGCGAGUGCCUGGGGAACGUGGUGAGCGACCGGCGGCGGGUGAGCAGCGCCGGGGGGCUGCAGAACGCGCAGUUCGGGAUCCGCCGCGACGGGACCCUGGUCACCGGGUACCUGUCUGAAGAGGAGGUGCUGGACACUGAGAAUCCAUUUGUGCAGCUGCUGAGCGGGGUCGUGUGGCUUAUUCGCAAUGGAAGUGUCUACAUCAACGAGAGCCAGGCAGCCGAGUGUGAUGAGACACAGGAGACAGGUUCCUUCAGCAAAUUUGUGAACGUGAUAUCGGCCAGGACGGCUGUAGGCCAUGACCGGAAGGGGCAGCUGGUGCUCUUCCAUGCAGACGGGCAGACGGAGCAGCGGGGCAUCAACCUGUGGGAGAUGGCAGAGUUCCUGCUGAAACAGGACGUGGUGAACGCCAUCAACCUGGACGGAGGGGGCUCCGCCACCUUUGUGCUCAAUGGGACCUUGGCCAGUUACCCAUCAGAUCACUGCCAGGACAACAUGUGGCGCUGUCCCCGAAGUGUGUCCACUGUGGUGUGUGUGCAUGAGCCCCGCUGCCAGCCUCCUGACUGCAGCGGCCAUGGGACCUGUGUGGAGGGGCGCUGCCAGUGCACGGGGCACUUCUGGCGGGGCGCUGCCUGCGACAAGCUGGACUGUGGCCCCUCCAACUGCAGCCUGCAUGGGCUCUGCACAGAGACCGGCUGCCGCUGCGAAGCUGGAUGGACAGGGUCCAACUGCAGUGAAGCUUGCACCAAUGGCUCCUUUGGGGAGAACUGUGCCAAGAAGUGCCAGUGUCAGAACGGAGCUGCCUGUGACCCGGCUCAGGGGACCUGCACCUGUCCCCCUGGCUUUACUGGAGACACCUGUGUGCAGGAGUGUCCCCUCGGCUGGCAUGGGCCAGGCUGCCAGAGGCCUUGCGAAUGUGAGCACCAGUGUCCCUGUGACCCACAGACUGGCAGCUGCAACCUCACCCAGGCGCCCACCCUGAACACCAUCCUCUCCCAAGUGAAGCAGUGUCUCCAGCCACCCGAGGUCACCCUGCGGACAGGAGAAUUCUCCCUUCUCACCGGGACCUCCUGGCUGGCCCUCACCCUGGCCCUGGUUUUCCUUCUGCUGCUAAGCAUGGUGGCGAACGUGUUUUUGUUCCUGGGCUCCAGAGCAGAGUGGAGCCGGCACCUGGAUGGGGCUUACGUCUACCACCCGCUGCAGGAGAUGAAUGGGGAGCUGCUGGCCCCUGAGAAGGAGCAGCCGGGCGACACCCGCAACCCCUUCAAGGACUGAAGCCUCCAGCUGCCCGCUGUGGCCUGUUCAGGAGGCUUGUUUCGACAUGGUCUGUCUUCUGCAGAGGAAAGUCCGAGGCCACUGCCCAUCCGAGUGGUCUCGGCCCCGGUGCCAAGCCUAGCUUCUGAUAGCAGCUGUGCCUCAGCCCCCAUGGCCUUCGGCCCUCACCUGGCUGCCUGCCGUGGCACAUGCACCUGAGCAAUACAGUGCUCCCUGGAGAGAGACUGGCUCCUUCCACGCCUGCCUGUGUCUGCUGCCCACAAGGCCUGGCCCCCAAGGGGCCUGCACCCCUGCCAAAGAGCCUCCAGCCUCCUGGGGCAGGGGCUGCUAGCGAGUGGAACUCACUGUGACCGCAUUUGGGCCAAGUGGCACGGUCCGGUCGCCCCUUUGGACAGGGGUGGAUGGAAGAGACGAUGCCACCUCACGGACCCUUUUCUACAGACCUCGUCACUGCCUUUGCCAACUAGAAUUCUAUUUCCUGUUGCAGGAAGCUCCUUAGAAGGGAUGGGAGAUGGAAUCAUGUUUACAGGCUGUCUAUUUUGUCGUCCUGCCGCUGAGAGGGUUUUUUUACCACUUGAAUAAAUUGAUAUAAUUAAAGGAGCCCCCAGGUGGUGUCU